CAGACGUCAUAUGGGCAGGAGCGGAAAGCAGGAGGAGAGAGGGAAGAAAGUGCGGAGUUACCCCCCUGGAUGGGGCGUGGCUUCGCCACUGUCACUCACUGGCGGUUGCCGUGGUAAGCGGGCGGUUUCGAACAGCGGGGUAUCCAAUGGAAUACGACGCUGCUUGUGUCACCAUGGUGACGGGGCUGUGCCCAGGGAGGUUGUGAUGGGUUGACAGGUGCGUGACAGUCGGAGUUGUCUGCAAGCAUGUACGCCAAAGGCAAGAGUAGCAACGUGCCAUCCGACAGUCAAGCCAGAGAAAAAUUGGCUCUUUACGUGUAUGAGUACCUGCUGCAUGUAGGGGCACAGAAAUCCGCACAGACCUUCCUGUCAGAGAUCCGAUGGGAGAAGAACAUUACGUUGGGAGAACCUCCGGGGUUCCUUCAUUCUUGGUGGUGUGUUUUCUGGGACCUGUACUGUGCUGCUCCAGAGAGAAGAGACACAUGUGAGCACUCCAGUGAAGCCAAGGCCUUCCAUGACUAUAGUGCAGCAGCAGCUCCCAGCCCCAUCCUCGGGAACCUCCCCCCAGGAGAGGGCAUGCCGGUGGGGCCUGUUCCUCCCGGGUUCUUUCAGCCAUUCAUGUCCCCUCGAUACCCCGGAGGACCCAGACCACCCCUGAGAUUACCAAACCAGGGACUUGGAGUUCCUGGUAGCCAGCCAAUGUUACCCAGUGGAAUGGAUCCCACAAGACAGCAAGGGCAUCCCAGUAUGGGAGGACCGAUGCAGAGAAUGACUCCCCCCAGAGGCAUGGUACCUUUAGGGCCUCAGAAUUAUGGAGGGGGAAUGAGACCUCCACUAAAUGCGCUGGUGGGUCCUGGGAUGUCUGGAAUGAGCAUGGGACCUGGAGGAGGAAGACCCUGGCCAAAUCCCCCGAACUCCAACUCUACCCCGUACUCCUCUACAUCUCCUGGGAGCUAUGUGGGACCUCCAGGAGGAGGAGGACCACCUGGAACGCCCAUAAUGCCAAGUCCAGCAGAUUCAACCAACUCUGGGGACAACAUGUACACCAUGAUAAACACAGUCCCUGCAGGUGGAAGUCGACAAAAUUUUCCCAUGGGAGCCGGAAGUGAUGGUCCAUUGGGGGGGAUGGCUGGAAUGGAGCCCCACCAUAUGAAUGGAUCUUUAGGGUCAGGUGACAUGGACACUCUGCCGAAGAACUCUCCUGGCAACUUAAGUAUGAGUAACCAGCCCGGGACGCCCAGGGAAGACGGAGAGAUGGGAGGAAACUUCCUCAAUCCUUUUCAGAACGAAAGUUAUUCUCCAAACAUGACGAUGAGCGUUUAAAGACUCUGGAGACUUGUGCUCGCGGGUGAAAUCGCAGCGAGAGCAGACAGAGAAAGACGCCAUGUGAUGUCACCCAGGCCAGUGACUCCUCCCAGUGAGAAGGGGAGGGGGGGCGCGGUCCCACAGGCACAAACUUUCCACAGCUCAUCUGCAUCCCACGGCCCUCCAUGCUUCCUCUCUCCUGACCGCCCUGCUCCGUCCGUCGGCUUCUCCUCAGCGAUCACCAAACUGUACAAAGGAAUCGAUUCAAUCGCGCUGGAGGAGAAGCUUUUGUGUAUGAAACGGUGCACACACCUGAAUAAUUCUGAUCUUUCUAUCAAGUCACGGAAAAGUGAAAACGGCUGUUCCCUGAGGAGUUGGAGCAAAUCCAACCUGCGUAGACAAUUUCCCCAAAAAAAUUAGGAAAAGUGUAAAUGUUGUCUGUUUUUGGAGAAGUUGGGGGGAAAAAAAGGUAUUUGCCAUAAAGAUUUAUUUGACGCUUGUGCAAAUAUUAAAGAUGUCUUUCUAUUUGUGGUUGUCUAGACCAUGUAGACCUCCAA